CGGCCCCGGCCCCGACCCCGGCCCCGCGCGCAGGGAGCGGACAUGAGUGCGGCCGCGGCGCCGGUGCCCGAGCGGGGUUGGAAGAGCGAGAAAGUGGACGAGGCGCAGGCCCUAGCGCGGAGCUGCGCCGCCCGCAGACCCGACUUCCAGCCGUGCGACGGGCUGUCCAUCUGUGCCACGCACAGCCACGGCAAGUGCUUCAAGCUGCACUGGUGCUGUCACCUGGGAUGGUGUCACUGCAAGUACGUGUAUCAGCCUAUGACCCCGGUGGAACAGCUCCCCAGCACCAAGAUUCCCGCCAGGCCCCGGGAACCCCCCGACACCAUUCAGAUCUCAGUGUCGCUCACCGAACACUUUCUGAAGUUCGCUUCUGUCUUCCAGCCUCCCCUUCCCCCUGACUCGCCGAGAUACUGCAUGAUUUCAGACCUCUUCCUCGACAACUAUCAGGUGAAAUGCAUCAACGGGAAGAUGUGCUACGUGCAGAAGCAGCCGCCCCCACACUCCCCCAAGACGAGCCCCGAGGAGGUCUCUGCACAUGGUGCCUUAAUUCCAAAAGCGAGCAACACACCAAAAAGGGGUCACUGCUCCUCUCCCUCCAGUUCUGAGGACUCCGGGAUCAACGCGAUCGGGGCCCACUAUGUGGAGUCGUGUGACGAGGACACGGAAGGAGGGGCAGAACUGAGCUCCGAGGAGGAUUACAGCCCAGAGAGCAGCUGGGAGCCGGAUGAGUGCACCCUGCUUUCGCCGUCGCAGUCUGACCUGGAAGUGAUUGAAACCAUAGAAACCACGGUGUGAGGUGCGAGCGCCCGCGGGGAGCCGCGCCCCGAUCCGCGCCGAGCUUUUGUACUUUUGUCUGAUGGACCCUUUUCCAGUGCUGUUGGUGUUUUCUACCCGCUUGUACCAACCAUAGCAGUUCGGUGGUCUGCUGGUGAGCGUCACUCUUAGUCUUAUAACCAAGACCUUUUUAUUACCAACGGUUUUCUUUUGUAUCUUGACUUACUUUCUAUGUAGCAUCUGGUGUCACGUAUUUUGACCCCGCCUUAAUUUCCCUGGGAACUUUUGAAAGCAGCGAAGUGAUGAGCACAGAGUAUCAUGGAUCAGAUGGAGGAGCUACCCAGAGCGAAGGCGACUGUAUUUCCCAGACAGCCUGUCCUCUGCAGAAAGACUUUCGGUGUCAUCUGCACACGCAGGCAGCACCCCUGUCCCGCCAGCCCCCCGGGCAAGCAGCUCACUGGAGAAAUCUGGUGUCGCUGGGCAGUGCUCUUCAUUCCCCGUGCUUCUGUCUACUUUCUGCAUGGGGUCCGGACCAGAGCCGCCCCACGUACUCCUGGGAGCUUCCUGGAGGACAAGUGGCUUCUGGUGAUGGCCAGUGUCUGCAUGACCCUCCACGCCAGGGCCGAGCUAGACCUUCAGAGCGGAGAGAGGACUCUUCAGGGUGUCUGCACACUGCAGGGGCUGCGGGAGACAGCCGGAGUAAAACUGGAUGCCCACUGCGAACGGCCCACCUUCCAGCACCAACUAGCACCCGCCAGGCUGUGGGAACCCAGGGGAAGGGGAGGCGGACUUGGCUCGGGCAUUUGAGUUGGCCUCUUGGGUGGGUUCCCAUUUCCCCGGCUUUUCUUAAUUGUUCUUCAGAUCUGAGGAAAACAUUUAGAAAGUUCUGUAGGUAUUGUAUUUAGGAGGCAGCCACAUUUAACAUCUUAAAAACAUAGUUUUAGUUAGCAUGGAAAUGCUACAAGACAGAAGUCCUAUAGGAAUUAGGAAUGAAUCUAAUAGGUUUGAUUAAUUCUGCUUCAUUUGGUUGUAUGAAGCAUUAGAAUGGCUUUAGGUGAGAAAUGGAUUAGAAUUCAAUAUGAUGCAUGGAUUUUUUAUGCAAAUGAAAAACCAUCUGAAAUAGUUCACUGCUAAGUCAGGAGCAAAUAUUUUGUGUAACAGUCACUAAUUGUCACAACCCGUUGUAUAUGUCCUCUGUCACAUGCACAGAAUCAGUUUUUAUUUGGCUCUCUUCAGAAUUUUACUCCUGCUCUCUCCACUUAUACCAUGUUAGUUGGUUCUCUGCCAUUUCUCCAAAUCUUCUGUACGUGAAGCAUAGUUAAGAAUCGAGGAAGUUUCAGUAUGGCCUGAUGAAACGACAGCCGCUGAGCUGGAGAGCAGCACUCUGGUACCCGGGCUAUCUGUGAGCGCGCUCCUGCGGCACAUCCCGUGCUCCGCCAGCAUUAUGACGUCUCCUGUGUGUCACCGUAGCUGUGGUUUAGGAAGGAGGUGGCUUGCAGCUUUCUUCCCUGACGUCUUCAGGACUUGUUAGGCUUAGGUCCCCAGAACAUCCACAGGGUUGAGAAGGCAGAGUAUGGGUUUUCCUUUGAAAACAGUGUUAGUUACAACUUUCUGUGCUAGAUGAGAGAGCAGCUCAAGGUUCCCACCUACUGAAAUUUAAAGGCUCAGCAAGUCAAACCAAGAAGGCGACAGGAAGAGCAGGAACGGUGAGGAGGGAGGGCAGGUGGACGCGGGAGAAAGGCUGACAGCAUGUCCUUGCCACCCUGGCCCUGGCGGCCUGGGGGUGUCUGAUGAGCCCUGGCAGAGGGUCUUGGUGCCUCCCUUGAGAGAGGAGCCAGAGGAAGGCAGGGAGGGGAGCCAGAUGCCCGCCAGCCACAAGUCAGUCUUACGUGCUCAGGGUUGUUAGGGCAACCCCUGCCCCUUCUAGCGUGCCCACCGGACAAGCGCUUUGAGUCCCCUGGGCGGGAUGCAGUGGGCGUCUUCUCUACACCAUUGCCCCUGCUUUUCUAUUACGGGCCCACAGCCACGCCAGUUAGACGAACCGGCGUCAGCAGUCAAGUCUCUAAGCCAUGGAGCUCACGUUCAUGGGGCCACGCUUCUGAAGCUCCGUAUGCGUCAAGGUUGGGCCCUUUCCCAGUAAUAUCAGUGACUUUUGUCCAGGUUCCUGUUUUUUAUCCUCUUGAACUGCCAGAUUAGCCACAAUUUUAACGGAAUUUUUGGAUGUAAUAAUGGUUGAUAACCACUUUCAAUAUUUGCACAAUCUCUUUAUAAUUAAAACUCACAAAGCUUCACUUUUAUAGAAUUGGAGACGUUCCAUUGGGUUCUAAAUCUUAGAUACUCCUGGAUCUCAAAACAGCCUUUCCUAAAUAAGCACAAGCAAGAAUUCCUUUUGUCCUAGCACUGUUAAUACUAAUAAUUCUCUGAAAUAUGAUUGAACUGGACUUGUUUAUGCUUGCAUUCUGAAAUCAACUAAGGAUAUAAAAGUACGUACUUUGAACGUAAAUUCUAGGCCUAUUCUCUUCCAUAUUAUAUGAAGGAAUCUAUAAUCCUGGUAUUAUAUUGCUAAUUUACAUAAGCGUAUCUAUAGGCACUUUAGAAGUAUUUAGACUGCACUGUGUACCAUAGGCAUUAAGCACAGUCAUGUUAAAUAGGCUUGAUUAAUAGCUGUACGGUGAGACAUGAUUGCUUUAUCAUUUGCACCUAGAAUGCUCGCUUCAGCACAGGCUGGGCCGUGUGGAUGGCUAAACUGCUGUCCUGGGCUCUUGUGGACACUGGCACUGUUCCCCCUUUAAGAAAGUUGGCAUAAAGGCUACAGAUAGAAACUUAAUUCCUCCCAAUGUGGAACUUGGCUUUCUUAUCUAACCAGGAUUUUAGAAUUUAAAUUUCAAAACUGCUUUUGUGAUUAUAACCAUUUGGUACUGCAAGGCUUUAAUAUCAAAUCUAUUUUUUAUAUUAUAAUUUUUAAGGUAUAACAUGAGAAUUUGAGGAAAUCUUUAAAAGGCAAAAGAUUUAUACAAUCUGAAGAGAAACCAGAGUAUGAGGAAAUCUUUAAAAAAAAAAAAAAAGUUGACUUGGAUUUCAGAGUAGUACAAUACAAAAACCAAGACCAGAACAAAACCACAUAGUUGUUUGCUGAGAUACUUUGGAUUUGAAUUAAGAUUUGUUUGUAUCUUGGGAAUGGUAGCUUUAGUCCUUAACCUCUACUUCCUGGUCUGUUUGAAACGUGACAGUUCUUUUUAGAUGAUCAUAACAAACACCUCUGAAGCAAAUUUAAUUCUCUAUCUGGGAAAGAGGAUGCAACCAGAUACGUUAGAAAGCUGUCAAAAUAAGGAAAACGGCACAAGUUGAAUAAAGUAGUAUUUAUACAGUUAGAUCUUGAUUAUUCCCAAGAUACUCUGUUUGCAAAAUUUUCCUGUCACAUUUUGGUUUUCUACAUGAGGAAAACAAUUGAACCAUUUCUGUCCCCUUGCCCAGAGGAGGUGUGAACAGGAAGCAGUCGGGAGACGACUUCGCUGUAGGCUUGGGGAACGUGUGCUGCUUUUCCCACGCUGGGGAGAAGGCAGAUGACCCGACUUGUGUAUCUGUGCUGCGUGUUCUAGGGAUGUCAGCUUGUCUCAGGUCCGAACAUUAAUACAAGGUUACUUCUUAAAAUUCACCAUUUGAAAAUGCGCCCCUGCACCUUGUCAUGACUGCGGUAACCAAGCGGCGAGCGUUGUUUCAGUUGGCACUGGAGCUGUUUCCAGUCGAGGUGGAGCAGGACCCUCCCCCGUGGCUGCCAGCCCGUCCCGGAGGUUUGAGUUCGAGCUCUGGGAUCCUGAUGUUCACACGUGCUGUGUGAGGCUGUUCAUACUUUGCAAUAUUCAGUUCUGUGCUAUUUUUUUUUAAACUGUGUUAUAAAGUUUUAAGCACAAUGUUGACUCUUCUACAAUUUCCUAAAGUUAUACUGUUUUCCUGAGACAUCUCAACUUUCCUUUCAUGUGUAAUACUAAAAUACUGCCGUGUAAAAUAAAAGUGAUUUUCUUUUGUAUCAGAA